AUGAAAAGUUCUCUAACAGCAUCAUCCACUCAAAAGAUCCUCAAGUCUAGAUCAUUGGGCGUGGUGUACCAACACUCAUUCACGAAGAGAAAUUACUCUGGUGAUAUCCAAUCUCAUAAUCAAUUUAAAAAGGGAGUGAUCUAUACGAACGAGCAUGGUAUUGAUGUGAUGAAUAACAGUUUGCUUAAUAAGGGAACAGCGUUCUCCAUGACAGAGAGAGAUCGUUUAGGAUUGAGAGGACUCAUUCCAGCCACUAUUUCCGAUAUUGAUUUACAAUUAGCAAGACUUAAGGAAAGAUAUGCCACUAUUUCGUCCGAUAUUGAAAAGUACCAAUUUUGUACUCAAUUACAAGACCGUAAUGAAACUCUCUUCUAUCGUUUUGUGAUGGAUAACAUUAAGGAAAUUGCACCCAUUAUUUACACUCCAACAGUGGGCAAAGCCUGCGAAAACUUUUCUCACAUUUUCCGUAAAUCAAGAGGAAUGUUCUUUUCAACUUUGGACAAGGGUGAAAUGAGAUCUAUGGUUUUCAAUUGGCCUGUCGAUAAAGUGGAUGUCAUUGUGGUGACCGAUGGAGGUAGAAUUUUGGGAUUGGGAGAUCAAGGAGCAAACGGUGAUGGUAUUCCAAUUGGAAAACUCUCUCUCUAUGUUGCUGCCGGUGGAAUUAACCCAGGACGUGUGUUACCUGUCAUGCUGGAUGUUGGUACCAAUAAUGAAAAGCUUCUCAAUGAUCCUCUGUAUCUUGGAAGAAAGCACAAACGUUUGACAGGUAAGGAAUAUUAUGACCUUGUGGAAGAAUGGGUGCAGGCAAUUACAUUGAGAUGGCCUCAUGUACUGAUACAAUGGGAAGACUUUUCGAGCGACAAGGCUGAUAUUGUUUUGGAAAAGUACAGAAACAGAAUUUUAUGCUUUAAUGAUGACAUUCAAGGCACUGCAGCAGUGAUUUUGGCAGGAGUUUUGAAUUGCUUGAGAGCCACAGGUCAACAAUUUUCGGACAUUACCAAACACAAAUUCCUUAUUGUUGGUUCUGGUGCUGCUGGUAUGGGAGUUGUAAGUGGCCUGAAAGAUGCCAUGAUACGUGAAGGUUUAACUGAAGAACAAGCUCUUAAAAACUUUUACAUUGUCGACAAGGACGGAUUGAUGACCAAGGAUCGAUUGAACUCUGAUUUGGCAAAAGAAAUGUCCGUGUCGGCUAAGAAAUUUGCAUCUGCUCGAGACGACAUGAAAGAAGGCACACCACUGUUGGAGGUUGUUAAAAAAGCCCAACCUGAUAUUUUGUUGGGAAUGUCCAGUCAACCAGGACUGUUUUGUGAGGAAAUUCUUUCAAUUUUCAAUGAGGACUGCAAGAAGAGAGGCAGAACUCCAAUUGUAUUCCCUCUUUCCAAUCCAACCUCAAAGGCUGAGUGCACUGCUGAAAGUGUUUUCAAAGCAACAAAUGGAAAUGCCAUUUUUGCUAGUGGUAGCCCAUUCCCACCUGUGACACUUCCUAACGGAACUGUGAUUCAAACCUCACAAGCGAAUAACAUGUUUGCCUAUCCUGGUGUUGGACUUGCAGCCGUUCUUUCAGGCUGUAAAAGAAUUACAGACAACAUGUUCUAUGCUGCUUCUAAGGCGUUAGCUGCUACAGUGUCUGAGGAAGCUUUAGCAAGAAAGGAAGUUUAUCCUCAUGUUGAAGAUAUCAGAAAUGUCAGUAAGAAGGUUGCCAUUGGUGUGAUGAGACAAGCAUAUAUUGAAGGAAAUGCUGCAAGGAUUCAACAUUUCAGCAAGGAAUUCAUUUUCAGUGAUGAAGAGAUGGACAAGUGGGUGUCUGAGAAUAUGUGGUAUCCUGAAUAUGUACCUAUCGUUGUUAAAGAUUAA